AUGAUCCUCCUUGAGCUUCUCGAAAUUCUGGAAGGCUUGGCGAUCCUCCAGAGGAUCACGUCCAUUGCCUGGUUGAGCCACGAUGCACACAGCCAGUAUCAGGAGUUUCGGGAAGAGAUUGCAACCCUGGGACAGAACCUCAACGCCCUCCACGAUGUGGUGCGUCAGGUUCAUAGUGGUCCUGGGGCACGCAAUCACCAUCCGGUGCAAAUGUCGCCAGCCACCGAGAGUCUGACACGGGUCCUCAGCGGUUUUCGAGACACCCUUAAUGAGUGUUGGGAACUGCUCGACAAGCGGCGAGCCUAUGGUGAAAACCGGGGAGCCAUCAACAACUGGCAGUGGCAUCUUUUCGUCAAGGACGAUUUGGCAAUCUUCCGCGACCGUAUUGCGGUACACAACAUCAAGCUGUCCAUGGCUCUGAACUGUUUGAACAUAACGAACUUCGACCAUCUCCGAACGCUGAUUUUGAGCACAGCAGAAUGGUUGGGUAGGCAGAUUCACCACGAGCAAGUCAGCCCCGAACCCCUUACCGACCAUCAGCCUACAACGUCGGAGUGUCAGCCAUCUACGCCGCAGCUCGCAGCUUCCACCGCGAACCUCAUUCCGGACCCCCUCCACCGCACACUCACAGCCAUAAUGGAGCGUCGACAUGGAAGUCUCGCAAGCAUCCCGCUGGCAGACGGGGUGGAUGAGGCCGUUUUUCACCUGGACCGAGCAACCAAGAAAUUUCAAGAGAAUGACGACCACGUGCACACGUUUUCGAGCAUCCUUAGCGCUUACUGGCUUCUAAAGGCAACCGAGAUGGCUGACGAGUACCGAACUGUUGUGGCACAUCCCUCGUUCGUGGAGUUCGAAACACAACUCACUCAGUUUGGCAUGACCCUGCCACUAUUCUUUGCCCGGUUGGAGGACAAGAUUCUUUUGGCUCACCGAGGGGUCCUCAGAGCUAAACCCGAUGCCCCUCCAGUUGAUGAGAUGCGAGACAGGAUUGAAAAGGACAAGAACCUAUGGCUGGGGUAUCGUCGGUCAGGACCACGAAGAGACAACCUCGAUCCGAGACAGGGGGACAAAGUCAUGCAAUGUCAACUACAUUGUGAGGACACUGAUGCCGAAAAGCAUGUUGAAGUGUAUCAAAACGGCGAAGGCAGUUUGACUUUGAUCACUCGCACUAGCAGUUGCUCGGAUAACAUGGUUUAUAAAACGGACCUCAACCUCGUCCACUUCGGAGCCCAUCCUAACUCAAGCCUAAGCAAGGACUCUUACUCUGUCGCCAUCAAGCAAAACCGGACCAGCACAGUUGAGGCGCCCGAUACCAUGACGUUUCUACAGGACCCAGACCUAUUUAGCUUUCAGGAGUCUGUGACCGGCUACAAAAUCGUUGACAAUCUACCUGGUGCUAGAGUCAUACGCCAAUUCUCACGGGGCGACAGGAAGUGGGUCCUUUGGAAGGGCGUCCAACGGGCCGAGAUAGGUCGUAUACAGUUGUGGACCUCGAGCAACCGAUUGAGUUCAGUGUACGAUUCGGUACUCGGGAGAGUCUCGAAGAGCGAUCCCAACCUCAAAAGCGAUGCCAACCUCAAAAUCAAUGGCUCUGGUUACUCGACUCCGACUAGCUCAGGCUCGGACCCGCGGGUUGGUUCACGACAGCACGUUCAACUUCAAGACGGGAAUUUCGGUACCAUUCUCCAGACCCCUGAGUGCCCGUGCCUUGUCAUCUUCCUUGCCGAUAUCCUAGUGGUCAUCAAAGGAGUGGAAGAGGAUCCGAAAGAGUCCGACUGCAAGGAGGUGGUGAUCAAAGGCACCUCCAGAUACAUCAACGCAAGCAGCGCCACUGCAAUUGAUCCUGUAGCUGGCUACAAUAUUGCUAGCGCUGGAAGAUAUCAGCGGCGCAGUCUAGCCAAGGUAGAAAAGCUGACACUUGUCACCAUCGAGUUCGGCUCGGUCGAGGGCAGAGCGUGCAAGGUUCGCUGA